AUGAUGGCCGGCGGCGACGACCUAGCCGCACUCCACGAGCAGGUCGCCCUCGCAUCCUCCGCCGCCAUCUCCGCCUCCGACCUGGACCUCGCCUUCCAGCUCCAGGUCGCCGAGGCCAUCCAAGCCUCGCUCCGCUUGCCCAAUGCCGCCGCCUCGUCAUCGUCGUCGCAGGCCGCCCCCGUCCUCCCCGUCCCCGAGCCCUCCUCCGACGCCGCCUACGCCUUCGCGGUCCAGGCCGCCGAUCUCGCGCGCGCCGAGCAGGACCGCCGCGACGCCGAGGCCUGCCGCGCCGCCCACGCCCGGGCCGCCGCCUCCGCCCGCAUCGCCGCGCACGACGCCUUCUUCGCCCGGGACCUCGCCGCCAUCCCCGAGGAACAAUGGGCCCACGACGGCGACUACUUCGAGCGCCCCGUCGACUCCUCGCCCCGCCCGCUGUUCCGCGUCUUCUCCAAGGGUAUGCCGAGCAGGGACGUCGUGGGCCCGCGGGACCGGGACCCCAGCAUCGCCGUGCUCGCGGUGGCUGUCUGCAGGACGCAGGGGGGAGUGGUGCUCAGGAUACAGAAGCCGGUGGAGCGCUUUGUGGGCGGCCGCAUGAUUGUGGAGGUGAUGGCGCUGAUGGAGGGCCUCGACGCCGCCCUGGGGUUGGGCAUCCGCAGUGUCACCGUCGUCACUGGUUACCGCCCGCUCUACAACCAUAUGCUUGGCAUUUGGCGUCCAUCAGGGAAGAAGCUGGCAGAUAUGAUGAAUCAGGUUCUGUCAGUCCGAAGGAAGUUUGAUCAGUGUGAAGUCUCACUUGUUGAGCCAAACCAAGUCAGCUAUGUCGUAAAAUUAGCAACAGAUUCACUAACUGUUCAGAUUGCCAAAGCUCUUGCUGCCAAUGUUAGCAAGGAGAAAAGAGAGAGCUGCGCCAUCUGCUUGGAAGACACUGACAUUACCAAAAUCCAUGUGGUUGAAGGUUGCACACAUCGCUUCUGCUUCUCGUGCAUGAAGGAGCAUGUGAAAGUUAAGCUGCUCAAUGGAACUCUCCCUGCUUGCCCACAAGAGGGAUGCACCACAAAGCUAAGUGUGGAGGGCUCAAGGGUAUUUCUUUCGCCGCGGCUGUUAGAGAUCAUGGUGCAACGCAUGAGGGAAGGACAGAUCCCUCCAAGCCAAAAGAUUUACUGCCCGUAUCCCAAGUGUUCAGCCUUGAUGUCCUUGGGGGAAGUGAUCCAUCCGAUGCAAGAGUCGUCCUCAAGGUACACAGCUGCUGAUGCUGCCACAUUGAGGAAGUGUGUGAAAUGCAGAGGCUCCUUUUGCUUGAGCUGUAAAGUCCCAUGGCAUGAUGGGAUGAGUUGCUAUGAGUACAAGAUGAGGUACCCCCACGCUCGCUCAGAAGAUGCAAAGUUACAGAACCUGGCAAGGCAGAGGCUGUGGCGGCAAUGUGUGAAAUGCAAGCACAUGAUCGAACUUGCGGAGGGCUGCUACCACAUGAUCUGCGUGUGCGGCUAUGAGUUCUGCUACACGUGUGGGAAAGAGUGGAAGAAUAAGAAAGCAAGCUGCUCCUGCCCGCUGUGGGAUGAACGCAACAUCAUCAGAGAGGAAGACGAUGAUGACUACGAAGACGACGAUGAUGGUCUUUACUACUAG